AUGAAGCAUUCGAUCAUUACCUACACCUUGCUCAAUGCGCUGCUUGCCCAUGCGGCUUGCCCCUUCAUGGACGGCGGGGCAGACUUGAAGAAGCGCGACUAUGAAGGAGAUCGUCUUCCAGGUGACGAUGGCUUCCUCGAUCAAUUCGUGGUCGACGAUACGGAUGUCUACACCACCACCGAUUUUGGUACUCCCGUUUCGGACCGACGCUCAUUGAAGGCCGGCGAGAGAGGGCCGACUCUCUUGGAAGAUUUUGUUCUAAGGACCAAGAUCACAAGAUUCGACCAUGAGCGUGUGCCUGAGCGUGCAGUCCACGCUCGUGGUGCUGCUGCACACGGAUACUUCGAGUCCUAUGCGGACUGGUCCAACAUCACUGCCGCGUCGUUCUUAGGAAAAGAGGGAAAGCAAACCCCGGUUUUCUUGAGGUUUUCAACAGUUGCCGGAUCUCGCGGUAGUGCGGACACUGUUAGAGAUGUCCAUGGAUUUGCGCUGCGUUUCUACACUGACGCAGGGAAUUAUGAUAUUGUCGGCAACAAUAUCCCUGUCUUCUUCCUUCAGGAUGCCAUGCAAUUCCCCGAUCUUAUCCACGCUGUGAAGCCGCAGCCCAACAACGAGAUUCCACAGGCAGCUACAGCUCACGACACUGCAUGGGAUUUCUUCAGUCAGAAUCCGUCCACUAUGCAUACUCUCAUGUGGGCACUCUCCGGCCACGGUAUCCCGCGCUCCUUCCGCCAUAUGGAUGGGUUCGGAAUUCACACCUUCCGUUUCGUCAAUGAUGACGGUGAAUCCAAGCUCGUCAAAUACCACUUCAAGACCAAGCAAGGUCUCGCAUCCCUAGUGUGGUCGGAAGCUUUAGUUCUUAACGGCCAGAACCCCGACUAUCACCGUGAAGAUCUCUUCAAGGCCAUUGAGUCCGGGAACUUCCCGGAAUGGGAAGUUGGUGUGCAGAUCAUGGAUGAGAGCGACGCUUUGAGAUGGGGUUUUGAUUUAUUGGAUCCGACUAAGAUCGUGCCAGUCGAGCUGGUGCCGAUUACGCCAAUUGGAAAGUUUGUCUUGAACAGGAACACAAUGAACUACUUUGCGGAGACUGAACAGGCUAUGUUCUGUCCUGGUCAUGUCGUCCGUGGUAUUGAUUUCAGCGAUGACCCACUCCUUCAAGGACGUCUCUUCUCGUAUGUUGAUACUCAAAUCAACCGCCACGGCGGUCCCAACUUUGAGCAGCUCCCGAUUAACCGCCCCCAUGUCCCUGUCCACAACAACAACCGCGACGGCGCCGGGCAGAUGAUGAUCCCCUUCAACAAGAUUGCAUACAGCGUAAACAGCCUUAACAACGGCUCCCCCAAGGAGGCCAACCAGACCCACGGUAACGGCUUUUUCUCCGCCCCCGCUCGCCGCAUUGUUGAUGCCGCCUAUGUCCGUGACAUCUCCCCCACCUUCCUUGACUACUGGACCCAGCCCCGUCUCCUCUUUAACUCCCUUUUGCCCGCCGAGCAGCAGCAAGUUGUCAACGCCGCCCGAUUUGAGCUCUCAAAGAUCUCAUCCGUGGCAGUCCGUGAAGCUUCAAUUGCUCAAUUUAACAAGAUUUCAAACGACCUCGCCAAGCGUGUCGCCAUGGCCAUUGGAGUUGCUGCUCCGGAGCCCGACUCAAAGUACUACCACGACAACACGACAUCCGGCGUCUCUGUAUUCUCUGAGCCCCUUCCUACCAUUGCUACCCUUGUAGUCGGUAUCCUUGUUAGCACAUCCAGCUCUAGCUCGAUCGCUCAAGCUGAGGCUAUCGCUGCGGCAUUCAAGGAGAAGGGCGCAAACCCGGUUAUCAUCGGAGAGGUCAUUCAGGAGGGCAUCGACCAGACUUACUCGGCAUCUGAUGCUGUACUCUUCGAUGGUAUCAUUGUCGUUGAUGGAACCCAAAAUCUAUUUGCACCUUCCUCCAAGGCGUCAAGUUUAUACCCGGCACAGCGCCCAGCUUCCAUCGUCCGUGAUGCGUUCCUGUACGGAAAACCGGUUGGUGUGAUUGGUACUGCUAUCGAGGCCUUUGAUGUGAAUUCGAUUGAGGAGCAGGAUGGUGUAUAUGUGAGAGAUGCGAACACCUCUGCGCAGGAUAUUGCAGAUGAGUUCGAGGAGGGUCUCAAGACUUUCAAGUUCUUGGGAAGGUUCGCUAUGGACUAA